AUUUCACUCCAGAAAGAAACCAGUUUACGCGCUUGGCGCUUGUUGGUAGAUUUCACGUGAGACGUUCGAGCAAAGCUCGCAUCUAGAAAGUGUAAAGGAGAGUGAUGACCGAAACAUAAAACAAAAGUUCACCAAAUCACAGCAACAAAUUGUCAGUGUUGUUCUCAUCCAUCGAUCUCUUCCGCAGAUUAAAAGAAAGUGCCGGCUUUAGUUGUUUUAGCUAUCAUGGCUACGACGCUAGGUGCUCCCGUUGUGGAACAAGACGAUCCGGUGGUGAAUUUGACCAACCUGGGAACCCUUCGCGGCUCAACUAUUUCGAGUGCGUUUACCGGCCGAACGAUUCUACAGUUCUUGUCCAUCAAAUAUGGAGAAAGUACGGCCGGGGAAUUCCGAUUCAAGGCACCCAGAAAAGCUCUACCAUGGGAAGGCGUGAGGGAUGUGUCUCGUUACGGGUUGCCUUGCCCUCAGCUAAAGCUGAUUUCGAUGUUCUCGGCUAAGCAAUACGCUCCGGAUUUGGAGGAUUGCUUGACCUUAUCUGUGUUUACUCAUGAGCUCACUGGCAAAAAACCGGUAAUGUUUUUCAUCCAUGGAGGAGGAUUUUACGAGGGAUCGGGUUCGAACAAAACCCCGGAAUUUUUGAUGGAGAAAGACAUCGUCCUGGUGGUGAUUCAGUAUCGCUUGGGACCGUUGGGAUUCUUUUCGCUUAAAACCGAACAGAUGCCUGGCAAUGCCGGUUUAUUAGACAUCAAACUGGCUCUCGAGUGGGUUCAUGAUAAUAUUGCUGCCUUCGGUGGAGACUCUGACAAUGUGACCAUUUUUGGACAAUCGGCUGGUGCCGCUGCAGUGUCGGCUUUGCUGUACAGUCCACUGGUACCGGACGGAUUGUUUCACAAAGUAAUACUGCAAUCCGCUGGCUCGAGUUCGCCCUGGGUGUGGGAUAAUGACCCAAUUGGGCAUGUCGUUGAAAUAGCCAAAAUUGCCGGAUGUAAUCCAAAUGCUUCCACAUCUGAAAAGACCACAAUGCCUCUCCAGGAAGUUGAAAAGUGCCUCCGAGAAAUGGACAUUUGGCAUCUAUUACGAAGUUUCAUCGAACACAAAACCAAUGCCACCCGUGAGAAAGGAUUAGCUGGUGUGGGAGGAUAUCGGCUCACGGUGGGUGACUUCCAUGGAUUUUUGCCCGAGAAACCCUGGGAUCGAAUCAAAAAGGGAAAUGUUCGUCCCAACAUUCCUAUGAUGGCCGGUGUGACCAAACAUGAUGGAACUUUCCUGCUUCCAAGUAUUUACGAUUUAUGCUCGAAGCAAGGGAAACUAGACGAUCCAGAUUUCAUCAAGUUCCAUCUGUUGGAUAGUGUCAAUAAGUUGCUCGGAGUCGACGAUUCUACUGGCACUUUAGCUUCGUUCGAGACUGUUUCGUUAUUUGGCCCGGAGCAGUUGGCCAGUGGAAAAUUUGAAAAUCUAACCGCAGGAUUGACAGAUAUUGCCGGCACCAUUUUGAUCAAAGCACCUCUGCUUCGGGAGGCUCAGGCCAAUGGUAAAGUGAACCCGGAGCGGACAUUCUUGUACUCCUUCGAUUACCAGGGCGAGAAGACUCGUUUCGGUUAUGGGGCAGACACUUCGCAUUACCCUUUUAAGGGAGGUGUUCAUCAUUCUGAUGAUAUGCAGUACCUGUUUCCGUAUCCACCCGGAGAACCACAGCUAAAUGAAAAGGACACCAAAAUGUCUCGAUUGAUGGUGGACUUGUGGACCAGUUUCGCCAGGACCGGAGUACCCCAUAGCGAACUUCUAACUGACGUUGAGUGGCCUUCCAUGAAAGGUUUCGCAGGCCCUUAUCUACAUAUUAAUGAGCACUGCAGCAUUGGGGCAAACUUUUAUGAAGAAUUCACCGUUGCAAGUAACGAAAAACGAAGGACAGGCAAGGACAUUGAGUAACGAAUCAGCUGUUAGAACUGAAUUUUAAAUAGUGAUUGUUUAUGUUGAUCAUUAGAAUUAUACAAACAUGGGAUACGGAUGGAAGUUAGUUAUAUUUUAUCACCAAUCCAACAUAAAAGUUCGUAAAAUUUAU